CUUCGACACAUCUGUGGUCAUUCUGUGGGCAAGGGGCAGGGUCAUCCACUCGUGCAUUUUACCAGUAAGUCUAUGGUCUAAUGAGUCUUCUCAAAUAAUCCAUUGUCCUAAAACAAUGAUAAAAAAUACAUUGGUACGGGUCAAGGUCUGAGAGUAGCUCACUUUGAAACAUCAUCAUUCGGAGUGUUUUCCGUUUCGUGCCUACUGAACAUGACCCUGUUUUGUGACCUUUAUUGUUUUCUGGGAACCCUUGAUGUCCCUUAUAUACCCAUGAGUAUAAUAUUUCCACCAGCAUAAUAGUUUUAUAAUGAAGCCAUAAUCCCUGGGCUGUUAGUGUACACACGCAGAGCCAUUUCCCUAUGGACAAAUAGCACCCCACAAGAGAGAACACACUCCAAGUUGUUGGCACUGGAAGAUCGUUUGCAUGAGCACAAACAAUAAAAUCCCUGAUCCCAGGAGGUGCGUAGUACACCCUAUCUGCAGGUUGAAUCUUCAGAGGGGGGAAAAGUUGCACACAGACGCUCUCUAGUCCGUAGCGUAUCGUUUGACCCAUGGCGAACUUCACUACUAUGGAUGACAACUGCUGCGCCUUCGAAUCUCCCAUUCUGGACCUGGUCCUGCCUCCUAUCCUAGUGCUGGAGUUCAUGUUUGGGCUGAUGGGGAACAUUGUGGCUUUGUGGAUGUUUAUCUUCCACAUGGACACCUGGAAGCCCAACUCUGUCUACCUCGCACACCUUGCCGUGGCUGACUCCAUCGUCCUGUUCUGUCUGCCCUUCAGAGCCGACUACUACAGACGUGGCAAACACUGGAUUCAUGGUGAUGUCCUGUGCCGGCUUAUGCUGUUCCUGUUGGCGGCCAACCGUGCCGCUGGCAUCUUCUUCCUUACUGCGGUGGCCGUAGACCGUUACUUCAAGAUCGUUCACCCUAUGAACAAGAUCAACCGGAUGGGCCUGAACUAUGCUCUGUGGGUGUCUCUGGGCCUGUGGGGCCUGAUCAUCGCUGCAACCGGGUACCUGCUGGCCAAUGAACACUUCUUCUACCGCAACAACCGGACGCAGUGCGAGAGCUUCAACAUCUGCAUGGGCUUCAGCCCGCUGUCUACGUGGCACAACACCUUCUACGUAAUCCAGUUCUUCCUGCCAACCACCAUCGUCACCUUCUGCACCAUCUGCAUAACCUGGCAGCUGAAGAGCAAGACGAUUGACACCGGAGGGAAGAUCAAGCGGGCGGUGCAGUUCGUCAUGGCCGUGGCACUCAUCUUCAUCAUUUGCUUCUUCCCCAGUACGGUGUCUCGGAUCGCUGUGUGGAUCCUCAAGGCCUGGUACAACGAAUGCCGGUAUUUCCAAGAGGCCAAUCUGGCAUUCUACACCUCUGUGUGUUUCACCUACUUCAACAGUGUGCUGAACCCCAUCGUAUACUACUUUUCCAGCCCGGCCUUCAACGGGACCUUCCUAAAGCUGUUCAACAGACUGCUGGGGAGGAAAGAGGAGGAGGAACAGUCAGCCUCGCCUGUGAAUGGGACCGGGAUCAGCAGUCCGAACACAGUAUCAGGGAGGAUCUGAAGUGGUAGUUAGUCACUUCUAACCACUGAUCCAGGAUCUGGGCCUGGGCAUGUACUCGCAAAGUGUCUCAGAGUAAGUCUUAUUCAUUGUGGUCUAAAAUACAAAACUGAUCCUAGAUCAGCACUCAUACGUUGAGACCCUUUGUGAAUAUGGACCCAGAAGUAUCUGACUGUGGUUAUUUCUACUCCUAGUGCAAGGUUCCCCAACUGGUGGCCCACAGGUGAAUUUAUUUGUCCCCCCAAGU